AUGAGGGCCCCCUCAGGGGGCCCCCCAGUUGGUGCUUGUCUGGGGCGGCGGCUCCCGCUGAGAGAACAAGAGGCCCUUAGGUCUUCCAGGAGUCUUCUGGGGCCCCCCGGGGCCCCCCUAGGGGCCCCCAAGGGGGGCCCCCGGGCCCCAGAGGGGCCCCCUUUGAGGUUACGGGGCAGCUGGGGGGCCAACAGCUUUGCCUGCAUUGCCGCGGGCCCCCCCCGCAGCAGCAGCAGCAGCAGCAGGUGUCUGUACACACCAAUCGGGGAGGCUGCUGCUGGGCGCUGCCGGGUUCCUGCCUCUCUUCCGAAGCCGAGAAGCAGCAGCAGCAGGAGCAGCCGGAGCAGCAGCAGCAGCAGCAGCUGGAGACUUCCAAAGCGAUUUGCUGCGGUGUACAGACACUUCAGGGGCCCCUGGAGGCCCCAUUUGAUAAGUUUGCUGAUGCUAGUUUUGCUGCUUGUGGGUUUGUCUUUGGCAGCAGCUUUGUGGGGCUUUGCGGAAGUGUUGCCGCGUUUGCUGCCGCUGCGGCAGCAGCCGCAGCAGCAGCAGCAGCCUCUACAGCAGCAGCAGCAGCCUCUGCAGCAGCAUCAGCAGCAAACUCUGCAGCAGCAGCAGCAGCAGCUUGGGCCCCCCCUCUUGCUCAGUGGGCUCAAGAGGCCCCCACCCCCUGCUUGGGGUAUGUGGACAGAUCAGCCGCAGUUCGCAGCAGAAGUGCUUCUGAGGGACUCCUACAAAAGUGCAGCAGCAGCAGCAGCCCCUGCAGCAGCAGCAGCAGCAGCAGGGGUGGGGGCCCCCCCGCGGCGACUGCAAAACGUGGUGAACAUAGGGCCCCCCGAUGGGUACUCUGGGUUUGACCCGCAGAACAUGUGGGAGGCCUUCAAGGGGGCCCCCCAGGACUAUUUGCUGCUGCUGUGGUUUACUUUAAAUUUGUUUCUUGUUGGCUGCUUCUGCAGCUGGAUGUGCACGCAACGCAGCUACCAAAAGGCAGUUGUUGUUUCCCCCUGA